AUGGUCAACAUCAUCCAGCCGAAAAUCGAUCCCCUGCCUACGGGCAUUGACCUAACGGGUAAAACCGUUGUCGUUACCGGUGCGAGUGCUGGAAUGGGUCUAGAAACAACCAGACAGCUGUUGCGGCUGCGCGCUUCGACUGUGAUUCUCGCUGUGCGUAAUGUCGCCAAAGGCGAGGCCUGCGCAACGUCCCUCCGCCAGGACCGUCGCAUUCAAACCCACAACCCCAAUCCGACGAUCAAGGUCAUGGCUCUUGAUGUGGAUGAUUACGCCAGCGUACGGAAGUUCACAAAGCAGCUUCGCGAAGAGAUUCCGGUGGUCCAUCUCCUCAUUCUCAAUGCAGGUAUCGGUCUGCUGAAGCUAGAACGCAGCCCAAGUGGCCAUGACCGGACCACCCAAGUCAACUACUACUCUAACGUUUUACUGAUUGCUGAGCUCCUGCCGUAUCUUGAGGCUGGUGCGGAGAAGACCGGCUCCCCCGCACGCAUUAGCUGGGUUGGCAGUCGCGCGCAGGAGAGCACAAGCCUCGAGAAGAAAGCUCCUAUCAAGCCCGGUGAGGGUGUGCUUGAGCAUAUGGACAAGGACGAGUUUUUCGUCCCGUUCCAGCGCUAUGGAGACUCGAAGCUACUUUGCGCAAUGUUCAUGUACAGCCUGGCCCCGCGGGUGGAUCCUAGGAAAGUCGUCAUCAACAUGAUGUGCCCGGGUAUGGUGAAUACUAGCAUGAGCGAUGUUUUACCCCUGCCUUUGCGCUUAAUUGUGAACGUUGUCAAGUCGUUUCGUGCCAGGCCUGUUGAGGUGGGUGGCUGGAUUAUCCUGCAUAGUGCACUGGUGGUAGGCCCUGAGUCCCACGGCAAGUUCUUGGGCGACAAGGCCAUCGAAGAGAAAGGGGCGUUCAUCCAGUCACCAGCGGGCCAGGAGAUUCAGAAGAAACUGUGGGAUGAGACAAUUGCAGAGAUGGGCAAAUUGACGACCCUUCCUUUUGAGCUCAAAUAG